AUGGAUACCCACAAAAGAGAAAUAGAAGAGAAACGGGAAAAAUUACUAAAGCUUCGUCAAGAAAAGAAAAGCUUAAAACUGGCACAGCCAUUUAGUUCCAUCAACAUUAAGGAAGAUCUCUCGCAGGAACACCUUUCCUAUUUUCUGAAUUCCAUUAUAAAACAAAAAGAGCUUUAUCAUACUCCGGUCUCGGCCACUUCUUCAAAGAGUUCCCCCAAAUCUGCCCUGAAGUUUACUCCAGUCUACGAAAUCUUCAAUGAACGAGCAAGCCAUCCGAUAUUACUUUCCCAACAGCAGUCUCCACUGUCUUUUUCUUCCUUUUGCACCGGAUUCGAAGUUAAAAGCAAACAUUAUAACGUUCACAAAGGUGAUAUUACUUCUAAUGGAACAUCGCAUUCUGAAAACGAUUUAUUUGAACAUGAAAUAAAAGUAAGUGAUUUGGCUACAUUGGAUGAGCUGGAGUUGGGAAAAAUUGGAAGCUUUCUGCAGAGCUCUUCCAAAGUAAUCGAAAGAGCCCUUUGUGAAGAUUCCAAGGACUUCUUUACAGAUUGCCAAGAAAAGAGAUUCGAUUCCAUAGAAAAUUCUCCAUCCACAGAUAAAAACAAACUAGUUUUGCGCUCGACACUGCAUGAUAAAACAAUCACAUCCGACAGGCCUGUUAAUAGUCUUGCCUACUCUACCUUCUUUGACGAACUUCUGCUAGCUUCAUACUCCAACCCAGUCGGCGGUCAGCGCUCAGAUGGUUUAGUGCUACUUUGGAAUCAACGCUGGAAAAAUUACCCAGAGUCAGUCUUAAGAGCAAAUAGUGAAAUUACCGUCUGUAAAUUCUCCCCCUCAAAUCCUCAUAUCGUUGCCGGCGGUGCUUAUAAUGGCCAGCUAUUCUUAUGGGAUUUGAGACAAGGAUCAAGCCCUGUACUCUCCACCAAUAUAAUCACCGGAGGCCAUAUUGAACCCAUUAACGAUUUGACUUUUUUGAACAGUUUUUCUACUGAAAACAUAGUAACCUGUAGUACUGAUGGUUACAUGCAUAUAUGGGACAGCCAUACCCUUGCGAAGCCUACAGCAACAGUUCCAUUGAUGGCCGAUGCUUGCAAGCCUAUGCAAGCAUUCGCUCCUACUUGCAUGAAUUAUACUACAGAUAUGAACGCUUUCAUGAUUGGAGCUGAAGAUGGCCGCCUCCGAAUUGGUAAUCAACAAGACAUAUUUGAACCUCAAACAAAUUUAAACUCGUUUAAAAGUUUAGAAGGACAUUCAGCUUAUGUUACAGGAUUAGAUGUGAUGCGUUCCAGUAUCGAUAUUGAACCUCUAAAAAAAUCAGAAAAUUAUUAUUUAAGUAGUUCCUUAGAUUGGACAGUGAAGCUUUGGUCGACCCAAAAGUACAAUCAUGCAAAGCAGUCGGCGCUUGAUCCCGACGACCAAAACGGCAUCACUUGCAUACGUGAAUUUGAUCACCAAGACAUGGUGUUUGACGUCAAAUGGAAUCCUGUUCGGUCAGGAUGCUUUGCUACUGUUGAUGCUGUGGGCUCUCUUUCGAUAUGGGACUUAAAAAAACAAAACCUGCAAACCCCAAUAGUCAGCGACACACCCUCAAACUGUAAAUCGUUAAACCGUGUAGCUUGGCAACCAAAAUCCGACCGACACUUAGCUUGUGGUGGUCUUGGGGGCAGUCUGUUUCUCUAUGAAUUGAACCUCUGA